GGUCGCAUGCGCAUAGAAGAACCCGGAAGUGGACUCCACAACAGAGCGGAGCGGCAGCUGUGUUGAUAAAAACAAGAUGCAGCUCCAUUUCACUAAAGAUGUUUUACCGGACUCUGUCAGCACAGACUUCCAGAACCUGAACAAACUCAACGAGCAGCAGUUUCCUCGUCUGAUUGAGAUUCUGUUCCAGUUUUUGCUGGAGCCUAAAGAGACGGAGAAGUUCAUGCAGCGGCUCAGUGAGUUUGCAGGGGAACAUGGGAUGAGUGCCGGUCCUCUGAGGAACCUGAUGAAGAGCGUCCUCCUGGUGCCACAAGGAGCCCUGAAGAAAAACCUGACAGCGGCGCAGAUCAAAGAAGACCUGGUGACGUUAGGACUAAAUGAAGACAAGGCAGCUCACUUUUCACAGCAGUGGGGGGAGCACUACGCAGCGCUGUCCAGGCACGCUGUCGGACAGACUCUGAUGGUCAACCAGUUGGUGGACAUGGAGUGGAAGUUUGGAGUGACUGUCGGCACCAGCGAAGUACAGAAAGUGGGAAACAUCUUUCUGCAGUUGAAACUGGUGGUCAGAAAGGGGAAUUCCACUGAAAACGUCUACAUGGAGUUGACGCUCCCCCAGUUUUACAACUUCCUACAUGAGAUGGAGAGAGCCAAGGCCAGCAUGGAGUGUUUCAGCUGAGUGUGUGUGUGUGUGUGUGUGUGUGUGUGUGUGUGUGUUCAUGUCAGGCUAUAGCUGCAGGGCAGUAUGUGGUAUGUAUUAUGCAAUUCUGUGUGUCUGUGUGUGGCGACCUCGCAGUGAGUAAAGCUAAACAUGAAAGCUAAUUUUAUUUACUGCCAGACAUUUAUACUCAAAUCUACCAAUAAACAUGAUUUAAAAACAAAA